GAAUCAUAGUAGAUAGAGGAGAAACCUUAGGGCUUUUCUGCGAAUAAUGUCCUUAAACAUAUGUAUAUAAUUAUAUGAAAGCAAUGCUGUAAACUGACGAAAUACUUUUGCUGAAUCAGUCAAGGGAAAGUAAUCUAAACAGAGAUAGCACAAUUCACAGAAAAUGUCUGGGAAAGCGGAUGAAGACAUUUCUCGAUUGGUAUAUACAACACUUGACACGUUCGGGUAUCACCUAGAGUCCGUGUCUUUUCGUUCAAAAGUCUAUGAUUAUAUGUCAAAUAUAGCAACUUUAUGUAAUUCUAGGGAAGGAAUACCACAUUCAGUUGUCUUUGUGGGUAGCUUAGGUGAAGGUGUUGGAUUAUCGGACAGCGAUACAGAUACAAUGGUAAUAAUUGGUGACACCAUAUGUGUAGACAAAGCAAGCGCUCAAAGACACUUCAAUAUUCUGGAGCUGGAUUAUGCAACUUCUCCUCCUGGAUACACAAAAAUAGUUCCUGUGAGCUUGGAUAAAGAAAAAGACAGCUAUGCUUGGUUUAAGUCAUCAUAUAUGUACAUAUCUCAGACAGGGUGUCCAUACAUAUCUAGUGCUGUCUUUUGUAAAACUGCUUACAAGAUGGUAGAAAAAAUAUCCACUAACCGGUAUGAUGGCUUAAACAAAACAGAGAUGACGAACAAUGGCCCAGCAACAACAAGGACAAUUGAAGCGUUAGGUGAACAUGAUAUAGUUCCUUCUAUAUACGUUUUCGGUGGAGAUCAUUUACGUAAAUGGAAAGACAGAACCAGACUGAAUACUUGGCCAUCAAUUAAUCUAGUUCAGGAAAUUUCUCAGAAAGAAGGUUAUAUUGUACCUGUUGGGGAUAAAUUAAGUGACAGUCAAAUUUUGGAAUGGCGGAUAUGCUACACUACUGCAGAAAAGAAAUUGAUAUCAACUCUAAACGAUGUUCAAGUUAAAUUAUAUGUAUUGUUAAAACUCAUAGGAAAGAAAAUAUUGAAACCUGUUUGUAAGGAUAUUACUUCAUACAUAGUAAAAAAUGUUGUUUUCUGGGUUGUAGAAACAAAUCAGGAAAGCUCGUUUUCUCCAGAGUUGUUGUUGAAGCUAGUACAAAAAUCAUUGUUUUACCUUAAAUACUGUCUAGAAAAUAAUCAUUUUCCAAAUUAUAUGAUACCAGACAGAAACCUCCUGAAUAUAGUAUUCGGUCAUUAUAAAACAAAGGUCAUACGUUUUUUAUCCGAUUGUUUGAAAGAGGAAGGGUCUAUAGUUGUAAGGGUUCCAAAACUGCGUGAAUUAAUGUAUUGCAAGUUGACAUCGAUAGAGAGAACUAUCUAUAGAGAUUGGAGAAAUGAGGUAGAAGAAAGAUUGUUUAAAUGUAUGACACAAAGAGCUGAACACAUUACUUUUAGUAUGAUGUUAAAGAGUACAUUCUUGUAUGACUUAGAAUACGAAUUCUUUAAAGAUGGAAGAUAUAUGGAGACAAAUUUGAAAUUUGUAAACAUGUUCGUGCCGGAAUGGUUUCAGUUAAUGCUUGGAGGCAGAAUAAGAGAAAUCAACGAAUUGUUUUUGCGAAGGCUUGAAGCAGUUCGGCCACUAUAAAAACUGUAUAGUAAUGGUCUAAACUGUAACUAAAUCGUGCAAACUUUUCACAGUAGAUACAGAUGUUUAAUUACAAAAAUCUUACCAUUCCUAUAUGAAAACCAUAUGAAAGGAUAAUUGUGAUAAAAAGUAAUGGUAGGAAGCCAGAAAACACAAACAAACAUCCGAACCAACAACCCAAAACCACAAAAACGUUACCUAAAUUCGGCUCCAUUGUUACGUAUACUGUAACAGAGUAUGUGAACGUCAAAGAAUACAACGAAAUAUAUGUAUCUGAAAUUAGCCAAAUGAAGAAGUUGCUUUAAUUAUUCUUUUCACUUUAUUGUUUAAUUAUCAAAUCCUUAAAAUUCACAGUUCGUUUAUGUUUUAUUUCCGAACGCUUAACGUUAAAUAAGUAUGUCAUUGAAAAUACAUCAAAUGUACUUUCCUUAUAUAGUUUAAAUCUUAAGACAUCAUAUAAUCAUUUUUUGUGUGUUAUUAUCUGGUAUGCGCAAUGUUUAUGUCUAUGGAGUUUUCUUCCUUGGACAAAAUUAAACCAUAUACUUGUAAUACAAAAUUUA